CAAACCGCAAGCCGAGCGCGAACUUAAAAAAUGCAAUUCGAUUCGCGGGGAAAUUUUUAGAUAAUCAAUUUAAUAUUAAAUUGGUUGCGAUACGUGAAAAUACACACGGUUGAGUGUCAUUAAUUAUAACAUAUUAUUUUACAAAGGACGAUUGAUUCAGAACAAAGUGUACCUACCCAAACCUACCUACUUGAACCAACUAUCGAUUUUGUGUACGUCAGGCUUUCUACCAAAAAUCAGAUAAACAUACGAUGUUUACUAAAGCAGCGAAUUCGAAAGUCAAGUUCCAAGACCAACAACUGGAUGAUUACAUCUUAGAGAAUUCUGUACUGAAAAGCAAACUGCAAAGUAAAAUCGAUGCACUUUUAAUAUUGGGUAAAGAGUUGGACAAGUGCAGUAUGGAGAGGGAUAAAUACAAAGUCUUGGUAGAACAGUUGAAGUGCGUACGGAGCACGCCGCACCAGCAGAGCAGUACCAUGUGCAGGCUCACCCCCACAUACACAAUCAGUGGUGGUGAGCUGCUCGCCAAGACACGAGAUCUCAAUGACAUGCUCAAACUAGAGGUGGAAACGCUGAGAAGUAAACUGGAAGAAGCCUCAGGGGAUAUAGUUGCAUUGAGAAAACAACUACAAAAGACGGACUCCACUGAGAACAUAGGUAAUAGAAAACAGUCUACUGCUCUAUCUUACACUCCAGAUGAUUAUGAACAAUUAGUCCAAGAUCUGGAAAAAAAUCAGAAAAAGUACCAACAAAUCCACCUCGACUACCGGGCCACUUUAGAUGAAAAGGAAGAGCUGGUCGCUGACAGAGAUUACUACAAAAACAAAGUGCAAAGAUUGAACCACCAGAUCAGCUUCAUUCUAGCUAACAGAGUCAAGGCCCAACAAGACAACAGUGCACCAAAACCAGUGGUGGAUUUAGAUGCCCUGUUGAUGGAAAACAAAUACCUCCACGAGAGGAUAACCCAGCUGCAAGUUGAAAAGGAAAUUAUUAAAAGGACAUUAACAAAAUAUAAGGCAUUGCUUGAAAACAGAAACAACAGUAAUUCAUUUAGCUUAUCAAAAGGAUUUGCGGAUGUUAUGACUCAAAAACAAGUUCGAGAAUACUUGGAAGUGAACUCAAAAACUGGCCUCAAAAGAACAUCUGCGGCAGAACUAAAGUCUAUUUGUUUAGGCCUUUUUGAGGCCCUCAAUGAUAAGUCUAUAGCUCUACAGCAUCAGAGGAAAACUAAUCAGAUACUAGCAAAUCGUAUUACAGAACUGGAAAAGACAUUGGAAAACUGGUGCGACGGACAGAAAUACAUACCCAUAUUUCCAUCACAGAUGUUACUUGACGAAUUCUGCGCAGAUGCCGACACCGCAUCCGUAAAAUCUCAGGACUCUAAAGAAAAAUAUAACGAUGAUGACUCUGGAGAUGUUCAAAAUAAAGUGUCAGACAGUGACAAUGAUGCUAAAAGUACUGAUAGCUCUUCCGAUGACGCAGGGAGCAACUACGAAUUUGACGAUGGUGAAGAUAGAAAGCUGACUUCCAAAACUGUUUUGCCAGUAGAAUUAGAGGAGCUAGUUAAAGAAGCGUUGGCUGAAAUUAAAGCUUCUAGUAAUAGUGAUAAUAUUGCAGAAAUUCCAACUCUUUCAUAAAAUCAUCUAAUGGAUUAGUUACUUAAAUUAUAUGGAAAACGGAUCGAACUAUGCAUAACUAAGAUACAAGGAAAACAUUAAGUAAACGGUUCAAUGAAAAUGGUGAUAAUAAAAUAGUUAUGGUACUUACACUUAGUUAACCAUUUGAACGUCACGCCUAUUAUAUGUAUACAACGCGCAAUUGUAAACCUUAUCGUAAUACACGAAGGUUGAUAUUGCACUGUAACCGAGCGCGUCAGUUGACGUCUUUGGCCGUUAAAAUGAUAAAAAACCUUCACCGUAGUAUAUUAUACGAGUAACAAGAUUUAAAAGAAUUCUAGUCAAAUUAUAAUAUAUGAGCCUUUAUGAUACGCCAAAGAUCUGAAUAGGUAUUAGGUAGGUAUUAUAGUUUUGUUAAAAAUUUAUUAUAUCGUUAACAUUCCUUAUCUGUACAUCUAGUCCAAUUUUGUUCUUAGUAUAGGAUUUUAUUUUGUGUAAUUAAUGAAAUAAAUAUAUUUGAA